GUGGACGGGGGGGGGGUCUGUUACUUAUAAAUAGUUUCAUUAUGACUUAGAUAAUGGAGUGGAACAUAGUAUUAUAAAAUUUGUGGAAGCCACCAAGAUUGGAGGACUUGCAAGCACUUUGGAGGACAGGAUUAGAAUUCAAAACAACUUUGACAAAUUGGAGAAUUGGUCUGAAAUCAACAAGAUAAAAUUCAGUAAAGCCAAAUGAAAAAUACUGCACUUAGAGAGGUAAAAUAAAUGGAUAGCUACAAAAUUGGUGGUAACUGGCUAGGUGGAAAUGUGCUGAAAAGGACCUGGGGAGUUACAGUGCAGCAUACUGAAUAUGUAUCAACAAUAUAAUGCAGUUGCAAAAAAAAGUUAGUAUGAUUCUGGACGUAUUAAAAGAAGUCUUGUAUAUAGGACCCUGAAAGCAAUUGUCCCACCCUAUUGGACACUGGUGAGACCUAAACCAAUGUAUUGUGUCCAAUUUUGGAUACCACACUUAGGAAAGAUUUGGACAAAUUGAAGAGAGUCCACAGGAGAGUUACAAUAAAUGAUCAAAGAUUUAGAAAUUGGAUCUAUGAUAGAAGAUUAAAAAUCUGAGCAAGUUUAGCCUUGAUAAAAGAAGAUUAUGGGUGGGGAGACCUAAUAAAUCUUCAAUAUGAUAAAGGCUUUCACACCGAGGAUGGUUCUUCAUGUUCAUUGAUGAUAGGACAAGGAGUAAUGGGCUAAAUUUGCAGCAAAGGAGAUUUAGGUUAGAAGUUAAGAAAAAACGUCCUUAGCAGCAAGUUUCCAACUAGGAGUAGGGAAGCAGUGGAAUAGACUUUCAGGGGAGACCGUGGACUCUCCAUCACUGGAGGUUUUUAAGAACAGGUUGAGUAAACACCUUUCACAAAUAGUCUAGAUUCAUGUAGUACUUAAUGCAGGGGACUAGACGUGAUGCUCUCUUGAGGUUCCUUCCAGUCCUAUGUGUCUAUGAUUCAUUUAUCCUCUACUUGGUAGCUUCUAGUGAUCUUGUAAUAAUAAGUAGAAAAUACUCAGAAGUGUGUUUAUUUUUUCCAGAUUGAUGGUGUUCCUUUACAAUAAAAUGAUCAGAGAGCCUAGUGUGUACUCAAUUUUGCUAAAUGGUUUAAUUUACUUUAAUACAAAAUGUAAGCAAAUAUGAAUGGUGGAAUAUUCUUUCAGUAUGUAAUUUUGGCUCCCCACCACCAUGGAGAAUGAGCACACAACUCAGUAUUCAGGAUGUUUGCUGAAUGGAAGAAUGUGGGCCGACGUGCUUAGUAUCGUUACUGCCUUAUAGCAAUAAUAGUAGUUUUGUUUUCAAGCCAAACCUAUGCCCUAAUCCAUGAGACACGGGCAUCCGUUAUCUUUUCCCCCUUAAAAGAUAAUCCUUUACUCAUGGAUAAUUGGGAGCUCUCCAGAUAGCCGGGAGCUCAGUUCUGUUAAUCUGCACAUACACUUCUCCCCUCCUCUUCUUAACUUGUGAUCUCAAAGGCAGGAAAGUAAGUGAGCCCCUCCUCCACCCUAGACCUUUCCCUCUGUGCAUGUGAGCCAGGCUCCCUUUCAUCCAGAGUCAGAACAAACUUCCUCUGAGCCACUUACAGGAACUUCAGGCAUAGCUAAUCCAAUGACUUUAACGAAACAGGAUUUCAGUGGGGGACUUCUGCCACCCUCUGAGCUGGGCACUGCUGGCACAGACCACAGCAGAGGGAAAGAAAAGGCAAUGUUGGAAUCUUUUGCAGGAGGAGACCCCUUUGGAUCAGUGGAGCCUGAAAAAAAGCCCACUGGAAGGCUGAUUAUGCACAGUAUGGCCAUGCUUGGUCGAGAAUUCUGCUAUGCAGUGGAGGCUGCCUUUGUCACCCCGGUACUGCUCAGUGUGGGGCUGCCCAAGAGCCUCUACAGCUUGGUGUGGCUCAUCAGCCCCAUCCUGGGCUUUGUGCUGCAGCCAGUGGUGGGAUCCGCCAGUGACCACUGUACCUCGGGCUGGGGCAAGCGCCGCCCUUACAUCCUGGCUCUGGGCAUCAUGAUGCUGCUGGGCAUGGCCCUGUACCUCAAUGGAGACAUGAUGGUCUCAGCUUUGAUCCCUGAGCGAGGCAAGCAGCAGACCUGGGCUAUAGUCAUAACUAUGCUGGGAGUAGUGCUCUUUGACUUUGCAGCUGACUUUAUUGAUGGUCCCAUCAAAGCAUAUCUAUUUGACGUUUGCUCUCAUCAGGAUAAAGAAAAAGGUCUUCAUUACCAUGCUCUCCUCACAGGUAUGCAGGCCAUUUUCUCGCUGUCUGUGGAGGCAGGAAAUGAGCAGUUGGGUUUUUUCCUCUCACUGCACUUCUAAUCUUCUUGAAUGAACUGAUCAUCUGAUCCUAUGCCUCAGUCACGAGUGUUUUGUUGCUGGGCUUUUAUUCUGGGAAAAGGUCAGCUUGUGACUACAGAAGCAGGGAUUCUGCUGAAGAAAGCUCCAGGCACAGACUGAAAAGUGACAUUUGCAAAAAUUCCUACCUAAGGCUACAGAGAAUUACCCAACAGUCUCCCUUCCCCACUUAGUAAAAGAGUUAGCAGCCUAUUUUGAUUCCCACUCAACUAAUGGCAAAAGUUAGUGAAAAUCAUCUGGAUUCACAGUUAGAAGAAGAUAAAAGUAAGGAACAGCUAUUGAAAGGAAUAGCUCUCCUUUAUUAAGUAGAACUGCCUAUAUGGCCUCAAUUGGACCCAAACUUGAGUAUUGUGCAGAUGUAAGUUGGGGCUGGCUUGUUAUUUAGGGAUGUCAGUGUUUAACUGGUUAAUAAUGGUUAACUGGUUGAUCGGUAAGCCUCACCCUUAACAGCUGUUCCAGCCCUGUGGCAGUCCAUGGCAGGCCUGAGUGCCCCACAGGCCACCCGGUGCAGCCCCUGCUUGUCCUUCCUUUAAUCAGUUAACCAGUUAAAUAAUAUGUUUAACUGGUUAACCUAUUUAACAUGAUUUUAUAUCUCUUAUAGAUGUCCAGGCUGAUGUGAAGUUAAUAGAGCCAUACUUUUUCAGACCAAAUCCAAAUUUAUACAGACUUUGGGAGUGUUUGAGUGCAGUGUUUUAGUUUCAUUUGUUACAUUUGUGUAUACUGUGUGAAGUUCACUCAUGCUGCAGAAGACUAAGGCAAGGCUCUCUGUACAGGAGGCCCCCGAUUUACGACAGCCCAAUUUAUGAUCCCCCGCACUUAUGACCUUUUCUGUAAGGGCAGAAGGAGCUGAAAUCCCCCGACUUACGUCCUCAGCCCCGUAUUUACGACGGCAUACGACGCCUGUCAUCAAAUGCGGGCUCGAGUUACGACGCCCACGUCUUGCAACGUUAUCCCUGGAGCCGAUCGCAUCACAAGUCGGGGGCAGCCUGUACCUAUUAAGCCCCAUUUUGAGGAUACACAGAGGAUCACAGAAAGUUUCCUGCACUAAAGGGUCUCCUGGAUAGAUUAAUGUGGAAGAGCUAAUAAUAGGAGCCAACCAGAUGGUCUUUGCAAUCUGUGAUUGUUGUUCAAUACCAAAAAAUGGAAUAGAGGCAAAGAUCCUAUGUUUGGAGCACUGGUCUCUAGGUGGGUGAAUUUCCAGCCCACCUUGAUUUUAUUCUGAGAGCCUGAUUACUCAGACUCUUUAAAAAUUAAGUCAAUUUAAUCCAUUAAGGAUACCUAGGUAGAAACUAUUUGAGAAGAGCACUAAUGUUAGUUAUGUACAAAUGAAGAUGCAAGUCAAUAGAGCAUGUACACUAAAUGCAUCCCUUCUCCUUUUAGGUUGUUUUUUCAUAUGAUGACACAGCAAAGGCCUAAUUGCCAAAUGCUAAAUUGUGCAGCUGCAAUUCACAAUUGUUAAUGAAGCUAAUCUGUGACGCAAUAGGCUCCAAAUAUUAAUCUUAUUCAAUGCUGCACAAAAGGGAAAACUAUUUUACUAAAAAAAAAAACCCAUUCUCAGUUUAAUUAUUAUUAUUAUCAUCCACAGUGAUUCACAUGUUCAGAAAUAUUUUAGGCACACAAUAUAUAUUCAACAUAAAACAAUGAAUAAGGAUCAUAAUCAGUCAAGGGAAGGCCAGGAAGGACAAGGAUUGACUGUAAGAUCACGUGGUUAUGGGGUAAGGCAAAUGCACAUCCUGUGGGUUCAGUAACUUUUUGUUGGAGGUGAUGGUAUUGCCUUACUCCUUUUCAGUUCUCCUAGGCAGGAGGGCAGGUAUAGGCCCUGAUCCUGGAGUUUGUUUUGUUAUGUGGAGCAUCGUAGCAGAGCCCCACUGAAGUGAACAGGGUGCAUGUAGAUAUAGUAGGCCUGCCUGCAUAGAUCAGCUUGCAGAAUCUGGACCUUGUAUUGUGUUAACUAAAUACCUGUUAUGUGUGCUACUGAUGACACCAAUCACUACUAAAAAAUAAGAUAAUUUUAAAAAUUGCACUGCUUACGCUAUUUAUUUACCUUUAUCCUUUUUCUCCUCAUAGC